AAAAGAAUGCCCUGAUUGUAGUUUUCAGUUUAGGUAUAAUGAAUACAAAGAUGGCUUGCACAUGUACAAUAAUACUACAAUAGUAACUCUACAAUUAUGUUUACUUUUGAGAACUGGUGUACAGAAACAUGUUGCUGUUGGUCGAAUGUGUUCCAUAUUGGAGGAAGCAUAUAAGGGUGUCCAAUUCCCUCAGCAUAUAUUAGAUGCUUAUAUUCAUUUUGAGUCAUUAACCGACCAUUCAUAUGACUUCAAUUGUAUUCGAUGUGGCCAUUAUCCCCCAAUUAUAAUUUUAGAUGCAAAUAGAAAAUCAAGCUUUUCUUUACAAGGUGAAUCUAUUAGGGAGCCAGAUACACAUAUAGAGAAUGCUGCACAAAUGGAUAAAUUUUGGAAACAAGUUACAGAUAACAUUGUUGCAUCGCCUAUGUGUUCCAAAGAUAUUUUGAAUCCAUACAAAGUUGAUGUACAGUACCAAAAUUGGUCACAAUGGAUGGCACCAGAUAGUGUAUUUCCCUCCGGAGUUGUAAAUACAGAACAUAAAAAGGUACCUUUUACAAAGAAUCCCAAUGAUGAAAAUCCCACUGUAUUAACAGACGAAUACAUUGAUACACUUUUGUGUGAAGGCAGUGCAAAAUUAGUUAAAGAUAUUGCUAAAGAUGUUGGGGUUGACAGUAGUGGUUCCAAGAUGGAUAUAAUUGUUAGACUACAGCAUAAGGCCAAAAAGAAAAGUCUUUUCAAAAAGAUUUUUACCAAACUCUGGGGACGAUCUGGUGGAAUUUUGGUUAUGGCAUGCCCCCAUGGUAUAUGCUAUGGUAUUAAGCACUUAAUUAGAGCAGAAAGUGUGCGUGACCAUAUUGACAUGAUCUUGUCAAUGAAACAUCAACCAACAAUUGUGAUCAAUGACUUGUCAAAUAUUUCUGCGGCGCACGGAAACAACCGAAAAAAGAAUAUGUUUGCACCACAUAAAGGCCGCGUUGUAGAUUCCAGUAUAGAAAAUUUGAAUCUCCUAGAAAGGAAACAAUUGGAUAGAGAUAUGCCAUGUUUUAAUUCAUUUCAUCAAAAAUAUCAUGUUGAACCACUGUAGACCAUAACUUUGGAACUGAUUUUCAUCCUGUGACUCACACAAGUGAGCAUCUAAUGCUAUCGGAUUCAUUCCAUUUAAAAAAUCUUGGCCCGGGAUUUGAUCAAUUAAGAGAUCUAUCACUAAUUAGACAGCUAAGAGGAAAAAUAAACACACAGAUCGUGGAACAAAUUAUCAGUGAACUUAAUAAAAAUUUAUAUUUUGUGAAUCAAAUGACUAUUCCCCAUCACCUAUUUAUAAGUAGACUACACUUACAUUUGAUGAAUGUAAAAAAAAAUGAAUCCAUUUUGAAGACAAUGAAAAAAAACAUUCCGCACGGUGUAGAAGAAUUUCUAGCUGCAGAUGGAAGAAAAAUGUUUGUUUAUCCAAAUGUUAAUAAAACUGAAGCACACAUCAUUGAUGAUGAGGGUUCAAAACCCAAUGUAGAUAAUAUACCGUCUAAUGUCAAUUUUCAUUGGCAAGGUCCAGAAUACAGAGGAAUAUUGAAUUCACACCAAAAUUGUUGGUUAAAUAGCUCCUUUCAAGCAAUUAAUAGAAUUUUACGGGACCCUGGUAACAUUCCAGAGACCAAUAUGCCAGAAAUAUCACAAUUUUUAAGGAGUUGGCAUCAUUGAACAGGGAAUCAAUAGACCCAAAUGAAGUUUUGGUCUUGUUGUCAUCAACUGGAUUUACAUAUAAUCAGCAACAAGAUGCCCAUGAGUUUUUAACAUUGAUCAUGUUUCCUGAGCUACAUAAUUUAGGAUUGUGUGAGCCAACUGUCAUCCAGAAUAAAAGAGAUUGUUUAACUUGUGGCGAUUCAAAGAUGGAUGUGCCAGAAGAACAUUUUUUAAUUAGUGUAUCUGUAGGGCGGAACAUACAAAAGAGCCUGGAUAAAUAUUUUCGACCAUUUCAGCACCACCAGGAAAGUAACUGUACUAAAUGUGGUUCAGAAUCUAUAAAACUCGAACAACAUAGACUAAAGAAUUUUCCAAUGGUUUUAUCUAUUCAUCUGCAAAGAUUCAAUCAGAUACAUUUGCCUGGAAAUAGUGGUUUGAUGUUGACUAAAAAUGAUACUAACGUUGAUGUCGAAAGUGUCAUCAAGGUACUCUACAAGCUGGUCAUUACUAUACAGUGAAUACAUCGGUUAUCGAUAAUGAAACAUUUGUUUGUUUAAAUGAUGCGGAAAUAUUUACAACAAAAUCUUUGCAGAUAAAUGACCAGUUAGACACAAAGAGGAGCUGUUACAUACUUUUUUAUGAAAAAAUAGAAGUUGCGAGCUUUCAAAUGGACGAAAAUGUUCCUGAAACUUAUGUUGAUGAUGAUGAGGUUCCUAAUACUCAUAGUGGGGACAUUGAUAGUGAAAUUCCUGAAAAUAUUAGUGAUGAUACUCACAGUUCCGAGACACUCAGUGUGGAAAAUGAUGUUCAGGAGACUCAAGAUAUACAUGAAGACAAAUCUGAAAUUUAUCAUGUAGAUACUGAAAUGCCUGUUGAAAUAAGUUCAAGCUCAUCAAAUGCAUCAUGUGUUCUAUCGCUGAAAGCUGAAUCAAGCAGCCCAUUACCAGAUCUUUUUGAGGAUUCAGAUGCUCAUGUUUUUAAAAGCAAAUUGAACAAGCCUAAUUAUUCAGCAGUGAAGAAAGAAAAGUUAUACUGUAUAUGCCAGAAGCCAGAUGAUGGAAGACUGUAUGUGAAUUGCAUAGUUUGUAAAAAGUGGUUUCAUCCUUCAUGUCUGGAACAACCAAACAGCAUUGCUGAAAUUCCUUAUUUUGCAUGUAAUACCUGUGUAUAUAAUUCAAAGUAAUUUCUAAUACCCCCACAUUGACAUUGCCCCUUUUCCAUUGUCCACAAUUUCUUGUGAACACUCUACAGACUACAUUAAUCGUCUGAUUGUUUUGAAAUUGAUAAAUGUUUACUAUAGUGAGACGAAUCCUAUUGAAUAAUCAAUAUUUUCUGGUAAUUCCUUCUGGAGUUAUGGUCCUUGUUUCACUUUAUUUCACUUUGUGAAAAGAAAAAGUCUAUUGACUAAUGGUCUUUGUUUGGCUAUGUUGAACCCUGUGAAUGACAACAGUUAUCAUCUGAUCUGUAUGGGCAUCAUUUGAAUAAGUGAAACGAAGAAGUCUAUUGAAUUUCCCCAAUUUUCAUCAAUUCCAUCUUUAGCCCUUGUUUUACUCGCUGAACAUUGAAUGCUCAAAGUGAUCAUCUGAUCUGUAUGGAAUUUAUAUGCCUUGUUUGAAUUAGUAAAACGGAAAAGGCCCUUGUUUAAGUUUGUAGCACCCUGUGAACCAUCAAAGGAAGAGAAAAAUUGUAAUCUGAUUUGUUAUAUUAAAUUGUUUUGUAAAUGCCUGUUACCUACAAGGGAUUAUUUAUGUGAUACCCCUUUUGGCUGCUCUGACAGUUUAACUGCUGUGGGCGUAUGUUUCAUUGCCUGGCAGCCUAUAUUAUUUAAUGUAUCCAAUAAGUUAGUUUUAAAGUAUAUUAUCGUCAAGCAUAUUCAGUAAAUAAAUACAAGCUAAAAAUUAUUACAGGUUAAUUCAGAACAGAAAACUGUUUUGGUCUUGCUCAUUUCUCUUGCCAGUACAGAAAUUAUAUGAUUCUAAUUUAAAAACUGCUUAGACAGAUAAUACAAAAUGGUAAUAAGCAAGAGCCAUCAAUGAAAUACUAUGAUCCAGCUGGUCAUCCUCCUAGGAACCUAGAUAAGCUAAUAGAAUAUCUAUCUAUUUGCUGCAUAAAGCUGUCGGCUAGAACUGUAACAAUUGAAAAGGGACCAUACCAGUUAGAUGGAAUGGCAUGCGGGGUGAUGGUGUGUCAGAGGUUGUUAUAUGAACUUUUUGAGGAAAAGUUUCCAAAGCAAACUGUGCAUGACAUCUUAAAUUUUAGAUACAUAAUAAUUUGUACAAUCUUGUUACAAGGUGAAACUGCCAAGUUUGAAGAAGAAUCGGGAGUUUCAAAAGUUAAAAAAAGAAAAACAGCACCAAUAGACUUAUCCAAACCAUGUACCGAAACCGAUGCUGAGAAAAGCGAUUCUUCAAGUUAUAAUGUAAAAUCUGUUCCAAG